GUAUGCCUUUGCCCGUAACUUCAAGGAGCAUGGCCAGAUUCGGCCCUCGACCUACCUGAAGACCUACCGGUACGAACACGAAUUCCCGCUCUGAUGCGAUAUCGAGAUAUAUUAUAAGGGCAAGGAAUCUGACGAUGAAUUUCUAGGGUUGGCGACAUUGUCGACAUCCAUGUCAACGGUGCCGUCCAGCAGGGUAUGCCCCACAAGGUCUUCAACGGUAAGACCGGUGUCGUCUACAACGUGACCAAGUCCUCCGUCGGUGUCCUCCUCUACAAGGUCGUCGACAACCGCUACAUCGAGAAGCGCCUGAACGUCCGCAUCGAGCACGUCAAGCACUCCCGCUCCCGUGAGGACUUCAUCAAGCGUGUCAAGGAGAACGCCGAAAAGAAGCGCCAGGCCAAGGAGCAGGGUGUCCACCUUCACUUGAAGCGCCAGCCCGCCCAGCCCCGUGAGGCUCACACCGUCGAGGGUGUCACCCCCGAGACCAUCGCCCCUGUUGCUUACGACACUCACAUUUAAACGAAUGGAUUCGGUCGACGCGGUUUGGUGUUUCUGGGUUUUCUCCAUCUAUGGGUGGAUUUGCAUUCAACGAAGCGGAAUAUUAUAAAAAAUAUUAAAGGGUUUUUCGUUGUUCCGGCACUUGUAAGGCUUGUGCAUAGAUUCCCUUGAAUGAGAAAAAAAGAAAAAUUCUCAAUUUCUUCCUGUUUCAACUGUCUGGCCGCAUUCUCCUGGAUGACUACGGAUAUCGUGCAGCCCCUAUAUACAGA